GGAAAUCAUCCAUGAAAUUAAGUCAUGUGACCUUAGUAGUGCAAGUACAAGUGCUUCUUUCUUCUUAUUCUGAGGCAACCAACUUCAACUUGCAUUUUUCACUUGAGUGAAGUGAGGAAAGUCGUGUUAAGUGCCUUUCCCAAGGGCACAAUAUCGGUGACAGGGCGCCACGCAAGUGCUCAAUUCUAUCGAGAACGUGUGAAAUGUGAUACGCUUCAAAACUGCCACCUAGCGAUUUUUCCUGAGAAAACGCAAUCAUAAUGUUUCGGAGAGAGCUGGGUACCAAAAACGAACGGUCCCGACUGUUUCACCUUUGCCCCGCCUUGACCCUACACAGCUUACCACACACACUUACCGCCGACGGCAACAUCACACGUUCGCCGGACCUGUCGCAGCAAUCUUCUGCUAUUCUACAUUCUCCAAGCAACCUCCUUGCUCCAAGCAUCCCAAAAUCCUUCGUACGGGUGGAAAAUGGCGACAGGGGGAACAAAAACGCAGGUUCUGAUCGUCGGAGCAGGUUUGAGCGGCCUCAGCGCUGCAAAAGUCUUGAACGAGCAUGGUGUGGAAGCCAUUGUGUUGGAAGCACGGGAUCGCGUUGGCGGACGCACCCACACUAUCAAGGGCCCAGGGUUUGGGUAUGUUGAUGUGGGUGGAGCCUACAUCGGUCCCACCCAGAACCACAUGCUGAAACUAGUGAAAGACCUGGGAAUACAGAUGUACAAGGUCAACACAGAGGGCACCUCCGCUGUCUGGAGAAAGGGUAAGAAGUUCACAGUUGACUCAGAACAGGUUGCAGUGACCAAUCCCGUAUGUCUACUGGACCUACAACAUCUGUUCAGGACCAUGGACAGGAUGGGGGCUGAGAUCCCAGUCGAGGCACCGUGGCAGGCUCUGCAUGCUAAAGAAUGGGACAGAAUAACCAUGAAAGAUGUGUUUGAUAAACUGGUAUGGACAAGCUCUGUGCGGAGAUUUGCGGACAUGUUUGUGCACAUCAACGUGACGUCGGAGCCCCACGAGAUUUCCGCUCUCUGGUUCCUGUGGUACAUCAGGCAGUGUGGAGGAGUGAAGAGAAUAUUUUCUGUUGAUAAUGGUGGCCAGGAGAGGAAGUUGGUGGGCGGCACGCAGCAGGUCAGUCUGCGGCUGGCCGAGUUGCUAGGCAACAGGGUGAUGCUGAACAGCUCCGUCUCCAAGUCACAAACUGAGACAGGCGUCACCGUGGAUACGCUGAGCGGAGACAGUUUUCAGGCAGAGUACUCCAUUGUGGCCAUCCCCCCACCCCUGCAGCUGAGGCUGUCCUUCAGCCCUCCCCUCUCCCCAGUCAGGAACCAGAUGAUCCAGCGCAUGCCCAUGGGUUCUGUCAUCAAAACCAUGAUGUACUAUGAGAAGGCUUACUGGACAGAGAAGGGUAUGUCAGGGAUGGGUGUGAUUGAAGACGAUGACUGUCCUGUAGAGUUUACCCUAGAUGACACCAAGCCUGACGGAUCCUACCCUGCCAUCAUUGGAUUUGUCCCCGCCAACAAAGCCAGGAGGUACUCAAACUACAGUGAAGAUGAAAGGAGGAACCUGAUAUGUAAAGGAUAUGCCAAAACAUUUGGCCUGAAGGAACUUCUACAUCCCACCUGUUAUGUGGAGAAGAACUGGCUGGAGGAGCCGUACUCGGGAGGAUGUUACACCACAGCGCUGCCCCCUGGUGUGCUCACACAGUUUGGCAGGAUAGUGAGAGAGCCAUUCGGCAGAGUGUUCUUUGCUGGAACAGAGACGGCCACCCAUUGGUCAGGCUACAUGGAGGGGGCGGUCCAGGCCGGGGAGAGGGCAGCGAGGGAGAUCCUUCAUGCCAUGGGAAAAAUCAAGGAAGGCGAAGUUUGGCAAGAUGCUCCUCAGUCUGAGGAUGUACCAGCACUUCCGUUCGUCGACUCGUUUGCUGAGACCUAUUCUCCAUCCAUUUCCGGGUUACUGAGCACCAUUGGACUGACUGCCAUUGUGGGGUUGGCCGUUGGGGCUAGCUGGGUCCUGUACAACAAAUAAGCACUGCUUUUGCAUUUUGAUUCAUAGUUAGGAUAAACCUGUUCUUCAACUAGAUCUCUUUUACAUAUCAGUGCACAGUUAGGGUAUAUAAACCCUCUCCAACAAGAUCUCUUCAGUGUCACUGACGAAAACUACUGAAUAGUAGUUGAAAUGUCUGACCGUUUCCAAAACCAUAUGCAGUAUCUAAUUAAGGUUUAAGCUUUGGUAUGAAUGUUACUGAUCAGUGCUAAUAAAUGUUUUGUAUGAGGUUUUUAAUGAUUAACAUCGUUAAUCAGGUAGUAACUUAAUGAUCUCUGUCUACAUGUGUUAUUAUGUGAAAGUUAGACAAGAUACAAAUACAUAUAGUAUUAGAUAAUAUCUGACAAUAGUGUAUGAUACAUGUAGUCAGGUACCUACAUGUAUCUGUAGGAAAUGGACAACAGGAUAAUGAAAAAUUUAUUGGAACAUGAUUGUGAUAUUGUACAGAAUGUCUGUCAGUCUUCCAAGUAGCCACAACUUGAUACAUGUGUCAAUGGUACUCUAAAUGUUGCUUAAAUUACAUUCUGUUUGUUGUUUAAGUUGUGCUCUAUGUGUUAAAUUGGUUGAUUUUAAGAGAAUGUGUGUAUUGGUUAAUUUUAAGAGAAAAAAUUGAUUGAAUUUCUUUUAACCUGGUCCAUGACAAACUUUGUGCCAAAAGGCUUACAUAGUCAUUCCAUACAUGUGCCAUAUAUUGGACAGAUUCUGGCAUUAUAGAUAAAGUAACUAAGGUAAUGAAUAAUUUGUUGCGCUUAUGGAUAUGAAUGGCUUAUGGCUGCAGAGAAAAGAUGCACAGGGUAGAUAUUUUGUACUAACUUUAUCUACAGCCCCUGCUAUUGUUCAUGAUGGGAUAUGUUAAUCAUCAAACUGACAUAUCAUGUAUUCUUUGUAAACUAGGUCUUUUAUUGUAGCAGGGAAUUUAUAAGAAAGAGUUUCAAAAUAGUAAAUUCUCUGAAACAUGAUAUUGUUACGUUUCAUAUGAUGACUAAAAGCUGAUUUAUAUCAUAUUUUAAACAAAAUUUAGUUAGGUUUAGGUUACAAACUUAUGAUUAAUUUUAGAUGUAAAAUCAUGGUCAUACUACUAGUAUGUGUUAUUAUAUUAUAUAAGAUAUAUUGCACAUUUUAAUUCAAUGUUGGUUAUAAUAUAAAUGAUAACUGGUAAAUUAAUGUACCUAAAGUUUUUCAUUGACAAAUGACAAAUAUUCCAUUGAACAAAUUAAAUAUAGUUACAUGGGUA